UCGAAAAUGAAAAAUAGUAUUUUCUGACUCUUUUUUAUAGUAUCGGGUUUAAUUCAGAAAUAUAUAAAGCUUUGGGGUCUGUUUCGAAGUAUCUUUACUCUUUUAACAGUUCUGAGACUUCUAAAGAGAGGAAAAUUAGUUCGUCGAAGCAUCGAGAAAAUGAUCGUACUUUCUGUUGGUUCCGCUUCUUCAUCUCCGAUCGUCGUCGUCUUUUCCGUCGCGCUUCUUCUGUUCUACUUCUCUGAAACUUCUCUAGGAGCUCCUUGUCCCAUCAAUGGCUUGCCAAUCGUGAGGAAUAUUAGUGACCUUCCUCAGGAUAACUAUGGAAGACCAGGUCUUUCCCACAUGACUGUUGCUGGCUCCGUAUUGCAUGGAAUGAAAGAGGUUGAAAUAUGGCUUCAGACAUUUGCUCCAGGUUCAGAGACACCAAUUCACAGGCACUCCUGUGAAGAGGUUUUUGUUGUCCUAAAGGGCAGUGGUACUCUGUAUCUCGCUGAAACACAUGGAAAUUUCCCUGGGAAACCAAUCGAAUUUCCAAUCUUUGCCAACAGUACAAUUCAUAUUCCGAUCAAUGAUGCUCAUCAGGUCAAAAACACCGGUCAUGAGGACCUGCAGGUGUUGGUUAUCAUAUCUCGGCCGCCUAUUAAAAUCUUCAUCUACGAAGACUGGUUUAUGCCACACACUGCUGCAAGGCUGAAGUUCCCUUACUAUUGGGAUGAGCAAUGCAUUCAAGAAUCACAAAAAGACGAGCUUUAAAGCAAAGUCCGAGGCUAAAAGCAAGCACAACCUUUAGAUAGUAAAAUCAUAGUUGAGGUUUUGUGACACUACGUAGAUACUGGUAAAUUGGCAAGGAUUUUACAUGAAUGUUGUUGUUACCAGAAAGUAAAUAAAUGUUCAAUCUUUGAUGUUCUUAAGUAAGUGAGUCCUAUUGGUCAUGAAAAUAUGUAAGUGUGCACAUCUUGAUUGCAUUUGCGAUAAAUUUAUAGAGUUUCACUCACUUUUAUUUUCCUCUUCUAUAUUCAAAUCAUAGCUCUUCGAAGACAAGAGGACAUCAG